AUGCAGUUCCACGGUUUCACAGCAUUGUUACUUUCCCUUUUUGUCGCAUGUGUAUGCGCACAAUCUGUUACCUCAACUACGACCUUCACCUCUACUUCUACCCAAACUCGAACCAUUACAGUCUCUGAAGUCAUCGCAUCUGUUACCUCCACCUACGCAACGUACAACACUUCGUCAAUUGCUCCUACAGGAUCUGUGGGAACCAUUGUGGCAUCUACAACAUCAAAGAUUGGCGCAUCGGCUUCAGCAAGUUCUACACUCCCUACUUUCGUCGGUGCAGCAUCAACUGCUCAAGCUGGAAGUUAUGGUGUAAUGGGAUUGUUUGUUAUGGUUGUUGCGGCGUUGCUAUAA